GGCUAUUUCGGCUCCGCUCGGCUCGGUGCGGUUCGGGUGCUUCGGCUGGGUUCGGUUCGGUGCGGCUGGGGUCGGCCAUGAGCUGGGCCGUGCUGCUGCUGCCUGUGGCCGCGCUCCUGGCGCCCGCCGCCGCCUGGGCGCCCUCCGCCGAAGACGAGCUGCACUUCAAGGCCUGGAUGCUGCAGCACAACCGGCGGUACGACCCCGGCGAGUACCCGCGCCGGCUGCGCACCUUCCUGGGCAACAAGCGGCAGAUCGAGGAGCACAACGCCGGCAACCACAGCUACCAGAUGGGCCUGAACCAGUUCUCGGACCUGAGCUUCGCGGAGUUCAAGAAGCUCUUCCUGUGGAGAGAGCCGCAGAACUGCUCAGCCACCAAGGGCAGCUUCCUGCGCAGCUCCGGGCCCGCUCCGGACUCCAUCGACUGGAGGAAGAAGGGAAAUUUUGUGACACCCGUGAAGAACCAGGGCCCCUGUGGGAGCUGCUGGACAUUUUCCACCACGGGCUGUUUGGAGUCUGCUAUUGCUAUUGCAACAGGAAAGCUCCUCUCUCUGGCAGAACAGCAGCUAGUUGAUUGUGCCCAGGCUUUCAACAACCAUGGCUGCAGCGGGGGCCUGCCAAGCCAAGCCUUCGAGUACAUUCUGUACAACAAGGGGCUCAUGGGGGAGGACGCAUACCCGUACCGGGCUGAGAAUGGCACCUGCAAGUUCCAGCCAGAGAAAGCCAUUGCAUUUGUCAAGGAUGUCAUCAAUAUCACACAGUAUGACGAGGAUGGCAUGGUGGAAGCUGUGGGGAAGCACAACCCAGUGAGCUUUGCCUUUGAGGUGACAAGUAACUUCAUGCACUACAGGAAAGGAGUCUACUCCAACCCACGGUGUGAGCACACCCCGGACAAGGUGAACCACGCCGUCCUCGCCGUGGGGUACGGAGAAGAGAACGGGACCCCUUACUGGAUUGUGAAGAACUCCUGGGGCCCGCUGUGGGGCAUGGAGGGGUACUUCCUUAUUGAACGUGGCAAGAACAUGUGUGGCCUCGCUGCUUGUGCAUCUUACCCAGUCCCUCAGGUGUAAGAGGAGAGCCAGGCUGGCGAAGAGGGCACAGGAAAAGGAAUGAGUGCUUGGCUCUGACUUUGAGCACUGCAGUCAGGAUCCUGAGAGCACAAUGAAGCGCCUGUUGUUACCACAGGCACCCUCCUCGGCUUGCACACAGCUCCCAGCAGCGGGAGCCUCCCCUCCCCAGCCAAACUCGAGCUGCUCCUGAGCUCCACAGCAGCCUCUCCCCCUGGCUGCGCUGUGCUGGUGGCACCGGGGGCUCUGCGACAGUGGGAAUGCUUUCUUGUUACCCCGUGUACCAUUAACCAGAGCCCAGCAGCGCUCCCCUUCCCUGCCGGUGCCACUUCCCCAGCACCAGAUGGAACCUGUGGAUAUCUUUUAAUUUGAAGGUGAUUUCUCCUUUCUCCAGAGAGAGCAGAGCUGUGAUUUGUACAUUUUAUCUCUUUCAGUAAAUCUUUCUAGUAUUUUUUUAAUUAAAAGCCGGGUAUUUUAAUGCUAA